UUUGGAGAAAAAGAUUUGAUGGAAUCAGGAGUUGUCCCAGGUCUCGUUCAUAUCUCUCUCUCUCCGGCUCUCGAACCCUGCAAUAAUCUCCGGAAACAAGCGGAUUACAUGUUAUGCGGACGACGUUAGACUGACCCAUUCAUUGCAUAAGACAGCAGUUGAGCCAUAACCCGCUCAACCUCAUGCAAGUGCUUGGUUGCUCAUCCGUUUGCACACUCAUUUUCACCGAUGUCUUGUGUAGGUAGUAUUUCGCGAGACGAGACACAUCGAAACACCAGCAAUUCUUAGCUCGAUCAUCGAUACUAUACCUGGCGGGUCCAAACCUGUCUACAAGCCUCCCUCUCCACACACUUUCCUCGCCGUCCUAGAGCAACGCAAUCUUGGGUUGAUACCAACCAAACACAAUGAGCACCAAGAACUGGCCCCACAACGGCCACGGAGCCUCCGACCCCGGCCGGGACCGGGAUGACCUCGCCGUUGGCCGGUCCUCCGUCGAUACUCACCACCACGAACCCGACGAGCACACCCGCCUCCUCCCCAACCGGGUAGACAGCACCAGCAUCUCCUACCUCUCACCCGACGACCCAGCUGUUUCCCCCUACAACCUCUGGACGGUUCGGCUCGUGCGCGCCAUCACCGUCAUCUUCACCUGCCUCACCUUCAUCUGGUGGGUGCUGAUGCUGGUUUCGGUCUUUGUGACUCCGCCCGGUUUGCACGCGCGCGGAUCGCCCUUUUUUGCGUUUAGUUAUACUACAAUUGCCCUGAUCACGCUGAUCACCAGCUUGCUGUUCUUUGCGGUGCCGAGUCAACCCGCGAGAGUGGUGAGCAUUGUUACGGCGGCGUUGUUGCUUGUGGAUGUGGUCAUGAUGCUGGCGGUGGAGAAGACGAGGCAUGAGGAGUUGUGGGUAGGCGUGGCGAGCGUGAUAUGGGCGACGUUGAUGGCUGUUUGGGCGGUGGCGGCUGAUCGGACUGUGCAGUGGGGCAAAACUGAGGAAGAAGAACGGCUCACGGGCCGCCCGGAGACGAGGCGUACACUGCUCGAAUGGGUACAGGUGCUUUUGUCUAGCAUCAUGUUGACGCUCGUGUCGAUUGUUGUGCUGCUUACGACUUGCACGCUCACACUCCGUGCUCUAGACGCGAGAGUAGCGCCGCCAGGAGAGCGGUACUGGGUCGACGAGGACAAGUAUCAGAUCCAUCUGUUCUGUUCUGGUCCCAAGUUGGAUGCUCAUGGAAAUAGGACGACUACUGUGCUCUUUGAGGGCGGCGAGGAUGCGGUUGAGCGUGAGCUCUGGCAGUUUGCCGACAACGCGGUCAAAAACGGUUCCAUCGCCAGAUAUUGCUUUGCUGAUCGGCCGGGAAUCGCCUGGAGUGACGCAGCCCCUUCACCACUCUCGGCAAGCAUGGCUUCUGAUGUUUUGAGUCAAGCGUUAUCGCGCGCAGGAGAGGAAGGACCUUGGGUGCUUGCCAGCGCUGGCAUCGGUUCCCUGUACUCACGGGUCUUCAGCUCGCGGCACGGCCAAGAGGUGCGCGGGCUUCUCAUGAUCGAUCCAUUGCACGAAGACCUUCUCGGACGAGUCGGGGCUCCCGGCCGUGGCUUCCGCCUCUGGUUGCAAGGCGUCCUCUCCCCAUGCGGUCUUGAUCGCAUCCCCGCCGCCAUCCUCCGACACCGAAGCGCCAGGGACCGCAUCUACGGCGGGUCUGCUUACCAGUCCGGAGGAGUGAUCUUUGCGAAGCUGCAGGAGAGUCUGGUGGCCAACUCGCUCACCCGACGAGAUGUGGUGUCCAGCAGAACCAUCCAGUAUAGGACCACACCCGUGGUGGUGGUGACGUCUGGGGUGCAGAUGCGGAAGGACAGCGAGUGGGAGAGCAAGCAACGAGAUCUAACCCACCUCACAUCGAAUUUGGAAAAUUGGGACAUUGUAGACCAGGCGCCUCAUCAAGUCUGGCGGACUUUGGAGGGACGCGAGAUGAUUGAGAAGAGACUGAGGAGGUUGGUUGGCUUGUAACACGAUACCGGACACCACUCACUCAUGUCUUUUUUUUAUGGAAUAUUGUUGUCGGUAUAGCACCGCAUUGUCUCAUUUUCGGUUGAAGUUGGCUAGGUUCGGCAGCUUGGUUGGCGAUAGGGGGGAUCUUUUUAGGCUGUUUGAUUUCAGGGUCGUUCCCAAAGUCUUGGCCGAACUCUUGGCACCAUCGUUGAGCCUAUUCAGUGGAGAUUGUAUGUGUACUUGGUGGGUCUGGACAAGAUAUUGGACACUUCAGUUUCUUUGUUUCCAUCAACUACCUCUCGGGCUACUCUUGGUUUUUACGUUGAAUUUAGGAACACGGAGCAAUGCAUGAUGUGAUUACUGGCGAGCCAGAAGUUUUGUGAGGACGUUGAUAUACGUAGGGGCCAUGUAUCAUGUUUAUUGCUGAGACCUUGAUGAAGAGGGGUUCCAUGUGGAAGGUGAACAGAAACCUCAAGGGGUUCAUAUUGCCCAAUAUUCUUUUUCCACUCUCGGGUCUCAUGCCUGAGCAAGGUCUCCACUUGUCGUUGACAUCCAAGACCCUCACUUCCCAGUCAUCUCAGCCGCGCGCUGUCCAUCAUCUUCCUCACCUCGAACAUGACAAAAAUAUCAAGCAUGCAGAAAGAUGAUGCUGCGAAGCAGGCUGGCAGUACAACAGUCAGGGACCUCGA